AUGGGGUAUAAGGGCGCGAGAGACCAGGAGAAGGCAAAGUAUUCGAAAGGUUCUGUGCGAGGGAGGUUUAGGGAGAGGGUAGCUUCAGGCAGUAAUAAGAACGACGGGCUUAGUUUUAACUUCUCUUUUAUGUCCGCAUUUUCCGUUGGUGCUCUUCGCCGCUUUGUGCGAAUGAAAGCACAAAUUGCCAAGCCGACUAUUUGCUACGGACAUGGCCUUGAACAUAUGCCGGAUAUGACUAUUAGCGCUCCAUGUGGCGAAAUUAGUCAAUUUUCGUUGGACAACGAUAAUGACAGAUCAAUGAAACAAUUAAAAAAGGGAAGGCCUUUAGCGAUGAUUCACGUUGUCAGGGUGGAAGAAUUUAGAGUUAAUGGAAUCAGUGAAGCAAUUAAAGCAAUAAGUGUGAUUCGUCAAACUGGAUUGACAUACACAUGGUUUAGUUAUUUACAAUCUUUUACUAUAGAUUAUUAUUUUCAAGAAGAAAAAGUAUGGUUAUACAGAGUAGUCUCACUAUAUGGAAAUUUAAUGAAAAACAAUGUGUCUACACUGUCCAACGAAUUUCAAAACUUGUACGAAGAAAUACCAAAAAGUGAUGGAAUAAAGCGGCAUUUAAUGAUUAGCGCUUUUCGCGUUAUUAUCGAUUCACUUAAUUCGCAAGCUGAAUAUUUGUGCUUUCCACUAUCUGAAUACGGCUACAAACUGCAAGUUAAAGGAAUAUCAUUAGUCUUUGACAAUAGUUUUACUGAAAAUUAUUGUGACGGAAAAGUGAUAAUCCUAGAGAUUAUGGCUCUUGAUAGAAUUAUUUUUGAUGAAGAAUCGGAAAUUAGAAUGGAUAUUGAACAACUCAUUAUAGUUGCACCAAUUUGGGAAAUUACUAGCAACAUAAAUAUAAAUUUACAAGGUUAUGAUGGAAGAAAUUUAGAAAUUACAGAAAAUUUGCGGUUUCUAUUAGAUAUAAUAGCGAAUGGAAGUUCAACUAAAUACAUAGAUGGUUUACCAGGUGCACCCGGAGGAGCUGGAGGAUCAUUCUUUGGAAUGGUUGAUACAAUUCUUGGGGGAGAAAAAUUGUUUAUUAUAUGUAAUGGUGGUAAUGGAGGUGAUGGAAAUCACGGUAUAGAUGGAAUAGUUUAUUUAUCGGAUGAAUAUCCACCAGGAAAAGGAGGUAAAAAAGGGUUAGGUGGUCCUCCGGGUAUGGGUAUGAUUUUUAAUUUUAAUUAUUCUACUGUUUCGAACAUCGAAAUAAUUGCUGAAAAGGGUGAUGAUGGUAUAGAUGGACCUAAUGGUUCUUAUAAAGAUUCACCGGAAAUUAAGGAAGAGAUUGAAGAAAGAAAGCAUUUUACCGAUUCUUUACUGAGUUACUAUUUGAAUAAUGUAAAAAAAGAUAAUGAUUUAAAGAUAAUGAAUCCUCUAUAUAAAAUUAAUAGUACACUAUCCGGCAUAGAAGAUUUUUUUAUCACAUUGAAAGAUUACAGAAAAUAUGUUGUAACCAAAGCAAUUGAAACAGGUUCAAUAAGCUGGGCUCAUUUAUACGAAAAACUUAAUAAUAAUCCAAAUGUUGUAAAAAAUAUUGACACAUUUAACUUUGUUAAUGAAAUACUUGAUUUUGAAGGUAAUUAUUCCAUUAACUUAAAUAAAGUUUUUUUUCACAAAUUGUACAAGGGGUGGCACAAAGGUGUCCAAUUAAAAGGAAUUCACUUAUUUACAAAUGAGUUACAUCACGCUGAUAAAAUCAUUGAAUAUAACGAAGUGUUUACAAAUUUAUACAAUAUGAUAGAAAGAAAGAUCGAAAAAAUAUCUGAUAAUCCGUAUUAUUCAUCAAUUCAUGUAAUCGAUGACUAUCUAACGCAAUCCAUUCAAGAUGGUGAAGAAUUAAGGAGAUAUCAAGUUCUUAAUAAACUACAAGAAUUUAGCAACAAUUUUAGAAGAAAACUUGACAUACAAAUCGAGGAGGCAGUAAAAUUGAUUGAUGUAAAUCUCACAGUUUUUUUGGAUCAGAAAAUUGAAGAUGUAAAUAAGGAGCUUACAGAAUUAAUAAAGGAAAUUGACGAAAUGAUAAGCACAAAGAAAGUAGCAAUCAAGACUAUGGAAGAGAAAAAAAGCGUACUCAAUAGGAAACUGGCGUUAAAGAUACUUUUUUCAAUAUUAAAAUUUACUUUUAUUGGAGUUGCAUUUGUCAUGGGUCCAGCUGGUGCAAUAGUUGCUGCUAUGUUAAACACGGGUAUUUUCAUCCUUGAAGACAUUGCUUUCAACACUGACACUAAUACAGGGUUUAAAGACAUUAAAAUGCCGGAAGGUGUAAAUAGUUUACUGAAAAGUUCACUUGAAAGAUAUAAUAAUAAUAGGAAGAAAGAAGAGGAAGAUAUUAAAAAGCAAUUAGAUCUUAUAGAGCAAAAGAGAAAAGAUUUAAUUUUAGAAGGUGAAGACGUGCAACCAAUAAAUGAUUUUAACAAAAAAAUACACGAAAAUUGCAUUUUAAAGGGAAAGGAAAUAUCCAGCCAACGGAAAUGUAUGAUCGAAGAAUUGGAAAUAGAAAAAAAUAAAUGGACAAUGAAAAGUGAAAAUGCAAAAACAAAAUCUGGAAAAGCAGCAAAGUAUCUUAGUUCCAUGGUAAUUGUAACAGAUGUUUUAAAUACAGGUAUAGAGAGAUACAAUAAAAUUACAGUAGAAAUAGCAGCAAAAAAUCAAAACCAACAACAAAUAAAUAAAGAGGAAAACGAUAUAAAUAAAUUGGAAGCUUUCAAGAACAUGGUUAAAGCAGAUUUUGGUCAGCAAAUAGAUCAGAUUCGAAUGAACAUUCAAAAUAAAUCUAAAGAAUUUACUAUUUCUUCAAGUGCUCUUCUUGAAUAUCAAAAAUUCCAUAUGGAUGAUUAUUUAACGAAUAUUUCAUCACAAUUAGAAAAGUGGACUAUGAAUUUAAAAAUUUCUGAUGAAGUUUCAGAAUCAAUGACAAAACUAAAAAAGGCAAUGAAAGCAAUUAUUAAUAUGCAUGCUCUCAUUAAAGAUUACAAUUUUAAAAUUGAAAAUGCUCAGUAUUUGAAAGAUAUUGCAAGUACACAAUUUCAAAUUACGAAUAUAAAAGAUUCUAAACUAUUAAAAGUUUUAACAAAAGUGGAGCAGCUUUAUUACUCAAAUGAUGUUCUCGAUGACUAUAAUAAAUUAGUCAUUUCUAUGAAAUGCUAUACAUAUCCAUUUAUAAAAGAAUAUUCAUUCUUUAUCUCAAUUCCAAAAAUGUAUUUUGAUAGCAAUUUAAUAAAAGCAAGUAUUGCACUUGAGAAAAUGAAAAAUUUACAGUCAAAAUUGAUAAAAAAGAAAGGUCAGGAUACAUUAUUUUAUCAUAUUUUACAAACCAAUUUUAUAAAUGGCGGUGAUUUUCCACCCUUUUAUACUUGGCAUAAUAGUACGCAUUCGUUGGCAAUUAAAGAUUUACUUGAAGGAAAGGAAGUUAAAUUAUUUGCAAAUAUUUCUCAUGAAGACAAUUAUAAUGCUUUAAAGUUUCGAAAUAUAAGUAUUUCAUUCUUUUCUGAAGAUCCACAAAUAAACGAACAAUUAAAGAAGGACUUAAAAAAAUUUGCCAAACAGAAGGCUGAGAAGAAAAUGGACCAGGAGGACGCGCAAGAAGUACAGGUUACCUCUGUUAACAGAAAUAUUGCUAAUAAAGCAAGUGGUGAGCCAUUUUCAAAUAUAACGAGCACUAAAGAAAUAAAAGAAGAUGAAAUUAACAAUAAAAAUAAAUUAGCCAAAUAUUUGAAUUCAGAAUCACAUGCAACUACUGUUGAAGAUGAUCCACCCCAGUGGUUAAUUGAUGAGGCAUUGAAAAAUGAUAACACGAAAGAAAUUAUUUCCGAAUUGAAAGAUGAAUUGAGAAAUUCAAAAAAUUCUGUUGAGAAAGCUUUAAAGGAAAAAUACGAUCAGAAAGAGAAAUUUGAAAAAGAUUUAAAGCGUAUCGAAGAAGAAGCAAAAGAAAAAAAUGAUCUUCUUCAAGCACGGAUUAUUGAUAUUUGUGCUUUCACUUGUCAAAAAUUUGGACCAAAUGCUUUAACGGGAAAAAAGAAAGACAAAUAUAAAAAACAGCUGAGAAUUUUUGGAAAAUUUUCCAAGGGAUUGCAUAACAAACUUCGAAAUACCGUCAUCAAAUUAAACAGAGCAAAAAAUGAAUUAACAAAAAAUCGAAAAAUACUAGUUGACAAAAAUCACAAGUAUGAAAAUUUAAAAAUUUGUUUUUCAAAAUUGAAAAAAGAACUUGCCACUACAGAUCGAAAUUUAAAUAAUCUUAUUAGUGAAAAUACAAGUCUUCGAAAAAAAUUCGAAGAUACAAAAAAAUGUUUGGAAAUUGCUGAUCAUCAUGAACAAUAUAACAAUACACGUUUUAAUGAUCUUCAAAAAUGUCGAGAAUUAAAUAAUUUAAAGAAAAAAGUUGAAAAAGACAAUUCCACUAUAAUUGCACUUCGAAACAAACUUCAUCGUUCUGAGUCAGCAAACAUCAAUAAAGGUGUCUUAUUAAAUAGUUACAAGAAUCAAUUAGUAGAAAUUACGAAAGAACAUGAUCAAUGUUCAAAGAAAAGUGAAGUAUUAGAGAGCGAAAAUAAUUCUCUACGAUCCAAAAACGCGAAACUUAAAGCAAAGAUUUCUUUGUUGGAUAUUGAGAAGGAAAAAUUAGUUUCCGGAUCAGAAAAAUCUGAAGCUGAUAUUCACGAGAAGCAAUAUAAAGUGGUUUUGCAAAAUGAUAAAUUAAAUCAAAAAGAAGCAGAAAGAAUAGAAUUAAAAAUUGAUCAAGUUCUGGUCGACAUGAAAUUAAAAGUCGAAGUUUUAGAAAAUUGUAGAAUUGAAUAUGAUUCUGCCAUUAAAGAAUUUCUACAACAAAUUUACAAAUAUUACUGUGAAAAUGAUAGUGACUAUAUAAAUUACAAUGAAGAAAGCGAGAGAGAGGCUCAUGAAACUGCAUGUUUAAUUUUAAAUAUCACUCCGGGACAAUUGUCACGAUUUUUAAAGGGGAAACCAAAUUCGUUGAGAACUCUGCUAACGAUGGAGAGCGACCAAUCAUUGCGCGCUUCUCCCUUCCCUCGUGCAUGGGUUCUCAAUCUAAACAUUGAGUGCGGCAACAUGCACAUAAAACAACAAUAA